AGUACGGGCGGAUAGUUUUAGAGAUUAUUAUUAAUUACCCUAAAAUAUUUGAAGACAGACAAACUUAUUGAAACAAAGACUGCCCAAUCCGCCAGUUUGGCUUUGAAUUCCUUAAAUCGAAGGGCUAAUAUCCGUCUCUGGUUUAGCGGAAAGCCCAUAAUGUUUUUGUUCAUGAAUCUAUUCAGAUCUGCGCUAGUUGCGCCCAGCUACUUAUGAAUAACCCCCGACCGUACCCAGCCCAGCUACCCUGGAGAAGUUGCGCGAUCUAUCAUCAGUACUGUUAACAGAUCCUCCUCCCCUCGGGUUGUUCCCAUGCGGAACACAUCCGAAUUGCCUUCAUGGAACCGAAACCGAAACCGACUCCUAAGCCUAAAACGCGGGUCCAAAUAUCUUUACCCUCGAAACCUCGACCGUACAGACCUGGCGAUGGUCCUCCGCUAGCUCCUCUUAGAAUCGUCCCCGAAAAUGAUUCAGACGCGUUUAUAAUCGACAAGCGCGUUCUACCCGACAUAACUGCUAAUGGCAAACCGAAGUUGCAGAUGUACUAUGUCGUGGGUUGGCGAGACCUACCUGCCGCGCGCGCGACUAUCCUUGCGACAAAAGUGCAUGAAUAUGUUUCACCCCGAGAGGUAGAAGAUUUCGAGUAUAGGGACCUACUUGAAAGAGACGAGGAAAUAGAGAGACAAGAAGCGGAGAAGAAUCGCAAGGCAGAGUUGGCAGCUAAGAAAAAGAAAGCAGCAAAAUCUACGAGCGCGACAAGUACAUCAACGCGACCGAGUACGCCAACAAAUUCCAGUCAGAAGAGGCGUGGUCGGCCAAGCAAGGCAGAGCUUCAAGCGCGCCACCUUGCAAAACGAGCGAGCAUCGGCGGUUCCCAAAAGAUCGAAGUAGAACUACCCCCCGCGAGCAGAUCAGGACCGUCCUUAUCCACUCCCCAAAAGAAACCAGCGGGGGAGCUCGUGACCGACGUUGAAGAAGAAAUUGAGGAGGAGGACCCUGAUGGCGCAAUAUUCAAACAACUAUGCGGCUAUGGUGAUAAUCUCGCCGAGGCCAUGGACGUAGAUGGUGACGAUGAGGAUGAUGACAUAACACCACAUAACAUCCCUGAGACCAUAUCGUCAGGCCCCGAAAUCAGACCGUAUGCUAGAACACUAUGGCUUAAUAAGGAUCCGACAUUGAUGAAGCGUGCUAAUGGCAAUCUUGCGUUCAAGUCUACCACAAGUCACGUCCCAGUCCCCGAGCCGCUUCGAUCGAGCAAGCAGUUUCCACCCCAACCAUCGUCCAAGCAACCCUCAAUCGCAGAACAAUCUAAACAACAAGAGAAUAACCGAUUACACAUGACACCUGUUCCAGUACCUUCACCAUUUGCCUCAAAUACAACGAUACCCAACUCCAAGCCACCUAAUAAGAAACAUUCCAAAACGCCUAUCCCAAUUCCCACGUCAUUAGAAUCGGCCAAGGGGGUUUCUCAGGCAAAAUCUGCCAAUGCGAAGCAAUCUAUAACUCCAGUCCCAAUUCCUUCAUGGCCCCACCCCACCACAAAGAAAGGCGAACCUCCCGCAUCUGCUCCGUCCAUACAAUCCACACUCCAACACUACGGCUUCACACCUGCAGGACGAAGCUUAGGUAAGUGGCCCUCGGCAGUAUCACUAUCACUUGGUGACAUGCCAGCGGAGUCGCCACUUGCCGGCCGGAGCAAUGGAACAAAACAGGUGCGAUCUUCGCGCGCAGAUAAAACCCCAAAAUUGAAGGAAAAAGAGAAAGAACAAGGCCAGGUAUGGGUAGUAGAACGGCUUGAAGGCGAUAAAAUUAUUAACGUCGAUGGUGUGCGGGUGCGCCACUACAAAGUGCGCUGGGAGGGCGAUUGGCCACCAGAUCAGAACCCUACUUGGGAGCCCGAGGAAAACAUACCUCCGGGAUUAAUUCAACCAUACCUAAAGAGAAAAACAGCUCGUCGGAAGACGGCGUCCCCGAACCAGAGUUACCACGCCCGAACGCCUACAAAAGCAUCAGCACAGCAUCCCUUUACUUUAAAGAGGAAGUACUCGAGCGUAGCCGAAGCGUUUGCAGGUGAUGAAGCAGAUUUAGAGGGGCUGCGAAAUAAUGUGGACCACGAUGGAGAGUCUCACGUUAAUGGUCGUGGUGGUAAUGGAUACGCGGACGGUGAGGAUGAUGGAGAAGAGGAGAUGCUCGUCGUCGCCCCCACCUCGGCUAAAUCGAAACUGAGACCCAGGCCAGAGGCAAUAGGUACGGCCUUUAUGAGAGACCUCGCCGCCGCCAUUCAACGCAGUCCGACUACUGGAAAAGGGGGCCGAUUAUGAUAUAUACUAAGAGUAGAACGCAAUUCUGCGUUCGUUAUGUUGCUGGAGUAGCUACGCGCUAUUGGAGGAGUGGACGAGAGAUUCAAGGGGAAAAAAUCCCCAAUAUGCAUGAUGGAAUACGAGCUACGGGCAUGAAUAUCUUGGUCUUCCUAGGUAAUCAGUUCUCAAACACUUACUUAGAUUACUAACGUAUCUGCUAGAGCUCGAAUUAGAAGCAUCGAAGCCUUGAUACCAAUGAAUAAUUUUACCAAAGUUGAUCAAAUACCCCCCGUCUUAUUAAUUAUAGCGAA